AUGGGGCUCUUCGCAGCCAAGUGCAGCGGCUGCAUGGAGAAGAUCGCCCCCACGGAGUUUGUGAUGCGGGCCCUGGAGUGCGUGUACCACCUGGGCUGCUUCUGCUGCUGCGUGUGCGAGCGGCAGCUGCGCAAGGGCGACGAGUUCGUGCUCAAGGAGGGCCAGCUGCUGUGCAAGGGGGACUACGAGAAGGAGAAGGACCUGCUCAGCUCCGUGAGCCCCGACGAGUCCGACUCUGUGAAGAGUGAGGACGAGGAUGGAGACAUGAAGCCGGCCAAGGGGCAGGGCGGCCAGAGCAAGGGCAGUGGGGACGACGGGAAGGACCCCCGGAGGCCCAAGCGACCCCGGACCAUCCUCACCACGCAGCAGCGAAGAGCCUUCAAGGCUUCCUUCGAGGUGUCCUCCAAGCCCUGCCGAAAGGUCCGAGAGACUCUGGCAGCGGAGACGGGCCUCAGUGUGCGUGUGGUCCAGGUCUGGUUUCAGAACCAAAGAGCCAAGAUGAAGAAGUUGGCGCGGCGGCACCAGCAGCAGCAGGAGCAGCAGAACUCCCAGCGGCUGGGCCAAGAGGUCCUGUCGAGUCGAAUGGAGGGCAUGAUGGCCUCCUACACGCCGCUGGCCCCCCCACAACAGCAGAUCGUGGCCAUGGAGCAGAGCCCCUACGGCAGCAGCGACCCCUUCCAGCAGGGCCUCACGCCUCCCCAAAUGCCAGGUGACCACAUGAACCCCUAUGGGAACGACUCCAUCUUCCAUGACAUCGACAGCGAUACCUCCUUAACCAGCCUCAGCGACUGCUUCCUGGGCUCCUCGGAUGUGGGCUCCCUGCAGGCCCGCGUGGGGAACCCCAUCGACCGGCUCUACUCCAUGCAGAGUUCCUACUUCGCCUCCUGAGAGCCAGCUGGCUGCAUGGACGCUUGGGCCAGGGUCCUGGGGCAGGCCUGGGGCCGCCGCAGCCAGCCCCACCGCCCGCACAGACUC